CGGGCGCCGCGCGAGCCUGCCGCUGCCAUGCCUCCGCGCGCGCCGCCCGCGCCCGGGCCACGGCCGCCGCCCCGGGCCCCCGCCGCAGCCGGGGACGCGGACACCGACACGGACACGGACACGGCGGGCGCCGCCGGGCCCGGACUCCGGCCGCUUGCUCCGCGCCCCUGGCGCUGGCUGCUGCUGCUCGCGCUCCCGGCCGCCUGCUCCGCGCCACCGCCGCCGCGCCCCGUCUACACCAACCACUGGGCGGUGCAAGUGCUGGGCGGCCCGGCCGCGGCGGACCGCGUGGCCGCAGCGCACGGCUACCUCAACUUGGGCCAGAUUGGAAACCUGGAAGAUUACUACCACUUUUAUCACGGCAAAACCUUUAAAAGAUCUACCUUGAGUAGCAGAGGCCCUCACACCUUCCUCAGAAUGGACCCCCAGGUGAAAUGGCUCCAACAACAAGAAGUUAAACGCAGGGUGAAAAGACAGGUGCGAAGUGACCCUCAGGCCCUUUAUUUCAACGACCCCAUUUGGUCCAACAUGUGGUACAUGCAUUGUGGUGACAAGAACAGUCGCUGCCGAUCAGAAAUGAACGUCCAGGCGGCAUGGAAGCGGGGUUACACGGGAAAAAACGUGGUGGUCACCAUCCUGGAUGAUGGCAUAGAGAGGAAUCACCCCGACCUGGCCCCAAACUAUGAUUCCUAUGCGAGCUAUGACGUCAAUGGAAACGAUUACGACCCGUCCCCGCGAUACGACGCCAGCAAUGAGAAUAAGCACGGUACUCGCUGUGCAGGAGAGGUCGCAGCUUCAGCCAACAACUCUUAUUGCAUCGUGGGCAUCGCGUACAAUGCAAAAAUUGGAGGUAUCCGCAUGCUGGAUGGAGACGUGACCGACGUGGUGGAGGCCAAGUCCCUGGGCAUCAGACCCAACUACAUCGACAUCUACAGCGCGAGCUGGGGGCCAGAUGAUGACGGGAAGACGGUGGACGGGCCUGGCCGACUGGCCAGACAGGCCUUCGAGUACGGGAUUAAAAAGGGCCGGCAGGGCCUGGGCUCAAUUUUCGUCUGGGCAUCAGGGAAUGGUGGCCGCGAGGGGGACCACUGCUCCUGCGACGGCUACACCAACAGCAUCUACACCAUCUCCGUGAGCAGCACCACUGAGAACGGCUACAAGCCCUGGUACCUGGAGGAGUGCGCAUCUACCCUGGCCACCACCUACAGUAGCGGAGCCUUCUACGAGCGCAAAAUCGUCACCACGGAUCUGCGGCAGCGCUGCACUGAUGGCCACACCGGGACCUCGGUUUCGGCCCCCAUGGUGGCCGGCAUCAUCGCCUUGGCGCUGGAAGCAAACAGCCAGCUGACUUGGAGGGACGUCCAGCACCUGCUGGUGAAGACGUCCAGGCCGGCCCACCUCAAAGCAAACGACUGGAAGGUGAACGGUGCUGGUCAUAAAGUUAGCCACCUCUAUGGAUUUGGCUUGGUGGAUGCGGAUGCCCUGGUCGUGGAGGCCAAGAAGUGGAUGGCGGUACCCCCGCAGCACAGCUGUGUCUCCCUCACGGACAAGAGGCCCAGGAGCAUCCCCGUGGUGCAGACGCUGCGGACCACAGCCCUGACCACUGCCUGUGCCGACCACUCGGACCAGCGAGUGGGCUACCUGGAGCACGUGGUGGCUCGCAUCACCAUCUCACACCCGCGUCGAGGAGACCUGCAGAUCCACCUGAUUUCUCCCUCGGGGACCAAGUCUCAGCUUUUGGCAAAGAGAUUGCUGGAUCAUUCCAACGAAGGCUUUACAAACUGGGAGUUCAUGACUGUGCACUGCUGGGGAGAGAAGGCCGAGGGGGAGUGGACCCUGGAAAUACAGGACAUACCGUCCCAGGUCCGCAACCCAGAGAAACAAGGGAAAUUGAAAGAGUGGAGCCUCAUCCUCUACGGCACGGCUGAGCACCCCUACACCACCUUCAGCACCCAUCAGUCUCGCUCCCGGAUGCUGGAGCUCUCGGCCCUGGAGCCGGAGCCACCCAAGCCCGCCCUGUCACCAUCCCAGCCAGAGGUUCCAGAGGACGAAGAGGACUACACAGCUCCUCCCUCCCACGGCUCUCCUAAUAUUUUACAGACCAGUGUGUGCCAUCCGGAGUGUGGUGACAAAGGCUGUGAUGGCCCCAAUGCAGACCAGUGCUUGAACUGUGUCCACUUCAGUCUGGGGAGCAUCAAGACCAGCAGGAAGUGUGUGAGUGUGUGCCCCUUGGGGUACUUUGGGGACACAGCAGCCCGACGCUGCCGCCGGUGCCACAAGGGGUGCGAGACCUGCUCAGGCCGGGCCCCCACCCAGUGCCUGUCUUGCCGCCGUGGGUUCUACCACCAUCAGGAGAUGAACACCUGUGUGACCCUCUGUCCCUCCGGAUUUUAUGCUGAUGAAAGUCAGAAAAACUGCCUUAAAUGCCACCCAAGCUGUAAAAAGUGUGUUGAUGAACCAGAGAAAUGUACUGUCUGUAAAGAAGGAUUCAGCCUCGCACGGGGCAGCUGCAUUCCAGACUGUGAGCCGGGCACCUACUUUGACUCUGAGCUGAUCAGGUGUGGGGAAUGCCAUCACACCUGCCAGACCUGUGUGGGGCCGAGCAGAGAAGAAUGUAUUCACUGUGCCCCAAACUUCCACUUCCAAGACUGGAGAUGUGUGCCGGCCUGCGGUGAGGGCUUCUACCCAGAGGAAAUGCCGGGCUUGCCCCACAAAGUGUGCCGGAGCUCGGGACCCACAGUGGGAGUCUUUGAGACCGCCCCCAGGCUGUGUUUGAGGACUCUUCUGGAUUGCAGCCUAUUCUCUUACAAAACAAACCAACAAACAAACAAAACCAGAAACACCAACAACCCUACGUGUGAUGAGAGCUGCUUGAGCUGUGAAGGCUCCAGCAGGAACUGCAGCCGGUGUAAGAUGGGCUUCACGCAGCUGGGGACCUCGUGUAUCACCAACCACACAUGCAGCAACGCUGACGAGACGUUCUGCGAGAUGGUCAAGUCCAACCGACUCUGUGAACGCAAGCUCUUCAUCCAGUUCUGCUGCCGCACGUGCCUCCUGGCCGGGUAGGGGAGCCCGGCCACGCGCACAGGGCAGGGCCCCUCCCAUCCGUCCGUCUGUCUCUCCGUUCACCUUUCUCCAGGCUGUCGGCCAGAGCCUGUUUUCAGAGCGGUGCCCUGCAUCUGACAGCUUUAUCUCCCCAGGAGCGAGGUCCUUCCGCGGCAUCUCUGGGCGCCCAGGCCAGGUGGGUGGGGGGCUUCGAAGAAGUGUCCCUGAAAUGGUGACAUCCUCUCACACCCUGCUUGCUGGCUACGUUCUUCUGGCCAACUCGCAACAGGAACAGAACAAAUUCCAGGAAUCCACGGCUCCCACCUUCAGAGCAGCUUCUGGGACCACAAGUUUACUAAAUCUUCGAGACCAAAGCAGAAAGGCGGGGCGCUUGGUGCAUCGCUCCUCUCCUCGUGCGUUUGUGCAGCCCGCAGACCCCUGGGCUGUGCCCCCACAUAAUGGAGGGUCAGGGGCACACCUGCUCAUCUGCCUGCCACAGUCUGGGGGACAGCUUGGUCAGACUAAAUAAAACAGAUUUGGGGGCAUAAAACGUGUGACCACUGGGGGUGAAGCAUCUAUUUCUACACAGUCCGUGACUUCUGAAACUACAGCCACGGCUUAGAAAGUCAAAUCCCAAAUGGAUGGGAUGGGGGGACCCUCCUUCCUCUGCAACCCUUUCCUCUGAGUGAGCUGAGGGCCACUGGUCACUGCGUCCUGUCUGUGUCUCUGGGAGUCUCAUGGCCUAAACGAAUGGUCACGUCUACCUGAUGCAGAAGGUUCCCAGGAGGUGUCCCGGAGGCCGGCCAAAAGGUGCCCCAAACGACCAAGCAAUUCUUCCUACCAAAAUGUAAAGCCAGCCCAUGAAUUGUUAAUUGUCUGUCACUUCCCAUGUUGUGGAAUUGCUUUGAAAACACAUUGACCCCUGCUUUUCAGGAGACUUGUUCUUAAAGUGGGCACCCCUGUGUCUGUGUGUCCUAUGAGCCUAACGACACGGUUGGAUUUAUUUCUGCCAAACCUGUGUGGGUAUUUUAUAAGCUACGUGUUCUAAUUUUUACCGAUGUUAAUUAUUUUGACAAAUAUUUUAUAUAUUUUCAUUGAUAUGCACAGAUCUGCUUGAUCAAGCCCCUUUAAUAUGGGAGUAACAUUUGCCUUAAAUUUUUUCGAGCUCGUUCUCCAUUUUGUCCUGCUCCCCUCUUUGACUGUAACACAUUUGACGAGUCCCCUGUCAGCUGGGGGGGAGCCCAGCUGUUGUUUAUUGAAUCCACAACUCCAAAAACGAAAUCCACAAAGCAAAUAUGGUGUUGACCCUAAAUUAAUAAAAGAGUUAACAUUCCAUGGCAAAGGAGCCCGUGUUUCUUUCCAAGGCCCAGCGUUAAAAGUGGGUACUGGCUGGUGUGUGAAAUGGAUUUAGGUGUGCUUUUGUUUCAAGGUCUUUGAGCUUCAGCAAACAAUGCUGCAAGCAAAACUGUGGGAGAAUCUCAAAGUUUCAGCUCCAGGGUGUCUUUUGGCAAAUAGACCCUCUUCAGGCCACAAAAGCCUGGUUGGGUGGAAGGGCUGGUUAUAGGGAUGCCUCCUUUAUGUUGUGGGGGAGCUUAGACUGCAAGCCUCUUCACCUAGAGCUGUGAGUGUGAUUUCAUUAGGUUACAGCUUGUCUUCUGCACGGUGGCUGAAAUCCCCUCACACAUGGGUUCUGCGCUGUGUGGGAUUUUUACCCUCGUCUCUCUGUGAGGUUGGAGUUGUACUUACUAGGAGUCCUUGUGCAAAUAAAGGAAAUGCACCAACUAGAACUGACUUCAGAAAAAACAAAAGUGGGGGAGGGGCAUUAUUUUGGAAUUCCAGGGUUGUCUCAGAAUUUCAGGAAAGGUGCAGCUGGGUCUCGGGAGCCCUGAGACCAGCAUUACGUGUCACCUGGACCUCUUCUCAUUGCAGCGAUGCCUCCUCUCUCGCCACUUGAUGGGACAAAUGAGAAGACCACCCACAGCUCCCAAGAAAAAUUGGUGCCCAUCCAGCCCCCUAAACAAGCUUUCUGAAUCUGCUUUGGGCCCAGGUUCAUUGCCUUGCAUCUGUGUUUACCUGGUUCCAGCAGCUCUGGCCGCAGGGACACAUAGCCGGAGGUGGGGAGCAGUUUGCAGCUCUUGGAAAGCGGGGGAGGCCAUGCAACCCGCCAGCUGCUGUCAUGAACAGGACUUGACCCAAGUUGUCAACGUGACAUAAUGAAGGACUUAGUGCGUGUGUUUGGGAGACAGUAGCCAGGACUGGGCAGAAUAUCAUUAAGAAUUCAACCUUCUGAAGAUAGCAAAGUAGGAGGACGUGCGCUCAUUCGCUCUUGCAAGAGCACUGGAAUUACAACUAACUGCUGAGCAAUCAUCAAAAGAAAGACACUGGAACUCACCAAAACAGACACCCCACAUCCAGAGACAAAGGAGAAGCCGCAAUGAGAUGGUAGGAGGGGUACAAUCACGUUAAAAUCAAAUCCCAUAAACGCUGGGUGGGUGACUCACAAACUGGAGAACAGUUAUACCGCAGAAGUCCACCCACUAAAGUGAGGGUUCUGAGCCCCACGUCAGGCUUCCCAGCCUGGGAGUCCAGCAAUGGGAGGAGGAAUCCCCAGAGAAUCAGACUUUGAAAGCCAGUGGGAUUUGAUUGCAGGACCUCCACAGGACUGGGGGAAACAGAGACUCCACUCUUGGAGGGCACACAAAAUAGUGUGCUCACCAGGACCCAGGGGGAAGGAGCAGUGACCCCAUAAGAGAUGGAACCAGACCUACCUGCUGGUGUUGGAGGGUUGCCUGCAGAGGUGGGGGGCAGCUGUGGCUCACCGAGGGGACAGGGACACUGAUGACAGGGGUUCUGGGAAGUGCUCAUUGGCGUGAGCUCUUCCAGAGUCUGCCAUUAGCCCCACCAAAGAGCCUGUAAGCUCCAGUGCCAGGUGGCCUCAGGCCAAACGACCAACAGGGUGGGAACACAGCCCCACCCAUUGGCAGACAAGCAGAUUGAAGUUUUACUGAGCUCCGCCUACCAAAUCGGAUUAAAGUCUUACUGAGCUCCACCCACCCAGCCCUACCCACCAUCAGUCCCUUCCAUCAGGAAGCAUGCAUGAACCUCCUAGAUAGCUUCCUCUACAAAAGAGCAGAUGGCAGUAUCAAGCAGUAUCAGCAGUAUUUCAUUCUGUGGAACUGAAAACCGCAGCCACAGAAAGAUAGAGAAAAUGAAAAGGCAGAGGACUUUGUACCAGAUGAAGGGACAAGAUAAAACCCCAGAAAAACAACUAAAUGAAGUAGAGAUAGGCACCCUUCCAGAAAAAGAAUUCAGAAUAAUGAUGGUGAAGAUGAUCCAGGACUUUGAGAAAAGACUGGAUGCAAAGAUCGAAAAGUUUACCAAAGACCUAGAAGAAUUAAAGAACAAACAAACAGAGAUAUGCAACACAUAACUGAAAUGAAAAAUACACUAGAAGGAACCGAUAACAGAUUAACUGAGGCAGAAGGGCGAAUAAGUGAGCUGGAAGACGAUGAUAAUCACUGAUGUGGAAAAGAAUAAAAAAAAAGAAUGAAAAGAACUGAAGACCGCCUAAGAGACAUCUGGGACAAUGUUUAACACACCAACAUUUGCAUUAUAGGGGUCCCAGAAGGAGAAGAGAGAGAGAAAGGACCUGAGAAAAUAUUGGAAGAGAUUCUAGUUGAAAACUUCCCUAACAUGGGAAAGGAAAUAACCACCCAAGUGCAGGAAAUGCAGAGAGUCCCAGGCAGGAUAAACCCAAGGAGAAAACACGCCAGGACACAUAGUAAUCAAAUUGACAAAAAUUGAAGACAGGGAAAAGUUAUUAAAAGCAACAAAGGAAAAAUGACAAAUAACAUACAAAGGAACUCCCAUCAGGUUCACAGCUGAUUUCUCAGCAGAAACUCUGCAAGCCAGAAGGGAGUGGCAUGAUAUAUUCAAAGUGAUGAAAGGGAAGAAACUACAACCAAGAAUACUCAGUCCAGCAAGGAUCUCAUUCAGAUUCGAUGGAGAAAUCAAAAGCUUUACAGACAAGCAGCAGCUAACAGAAUUCCGCACCACCAAACCAGCCCUACAACAAAUGCUAAAGGAACUUCUUUAAGCAGGAAACUUAAGACAAGGACCUACAAAAACAAAAUCAAAACAAUUGAGAAAAUGGUAAUAACAUACAUAUCGAUAAUUACCUUAAAUGUAAAUGGACUAAAUGCUUCAACCAAAAGACACAGAGUGGCUGAAUGGAUACAAAACCAAGACCCAUAUAUAUGCUGUCUAGAAGAGACCCACUUCAGACCUAGGGACACAUACAGACAGAAAGUGAGGGGAUGGAAAAAGAUAUUCCAUGCAAAUGAAAAUCAAAAGAAAGCUGGAGUAGCAGUAGUCAUAUCAGAUAAAAUAGACUUUAAAGUAAAAAAUGUUACAAGAGACAAGAAAGGACAUUACAUAAAGAUCAAGGGAUCCAUCCAAGAAGAGAACAAUUAUAAAUAUAUAUGCACCCAAUAUAGGAGCACCUCAAUACAUAAGGCAAAUGCUAACAACUAUGAAAGAGGAAAUAUAAGGCAGAAAUAGAGACACAGGUGUAGAGAACAACCAAAUGAACACCAAGUGGGGAAAGUGGGGAGGGUUGAGGGGGAAUGAAUUGGGAGAUUGGGAUACCAAAUUGUACACUCUAAAUAUUUGCUGUUUCUUGUCUGUUAACUGUAUCUAAAUAAAAGUUCUCAAAAAAAAAGAAGAUACAGCAAACUAAAUAAAAUAGAAAA